AAAGGACCUGAAGUAGACCCGGCGGGUGGACCAACCGCCCAUCAUUUGCGGAAGCAAGCCGGGCCCGCCGACGUAUUGUUUCCCGCGCGCGUUUUAGCUUCUUUAGAUAGGAAGAACUCCUUUUUUGGUAAAUUGCGAUCGCACUGAAUAGAGCACCAUGUCGUCAUACCACAAGCCGGAAUCGAAAACUCUUCAGGAGCUUCGCGAUAUUGCUCAAAAAUUGCGCAUUCACAGCAUUGAUGCGACGUCUGCUAGCAAUUCCGGCCACCCGACAUCAUGCGCCUCCAUGGCCGAGAUCAUGUCGGUGCUGUUCUUCCACACGAUGCGGUACAAGGUGUCGGAGCCUCGCAGUCCGCACGCCGACCGCUUCAUCCUCUCCAAGGGCCACGCCGCGCCCAUCCUCUACGCAGCGUGGUCGGAGGCGGGCCUGAUUCCUGCGGAGGAGCUGCUGAAGCUGCGCCGGAUUGACAACGACCUGGAGGGCCACCCGACUCCCCGCCUCAGCUUUGUCGACGUGGCCACCGGCAGCCUGGGCCAGGGCCUGGGCGUGGCCGCCGGCAUGGCGUAUGUCGGCAAGCACUACGACCGCGCCGGCUACCGCGUCUUCUGCCUGAUCGGCGACGGCGAGAGCGCCGAGGGCUCCAUCUGGGAGGCGAUGAACUUCGCCGGCCACUACCAUCUCGACAACCUGGUGGCCAUCUUCGACGUGAACCGGCUGGGCCAGAGCGAGGAGGCGCCGCUGCAGCACGACAUGGAGGCGUACUGCAAGCGCGCCGCCAGCUUCGGCUUCAACGCCAUCGUCGUCGACGGACAUAAUGUGGAGGAGCUGUGCAAGGCGUUCCACGAGGCAGCCAACACGUCCGGGAAGCCGACGGCGCUCAUCUGCAAGACGUUCAAGGGCAAGGACUUUGUGCCGGAGGUGGAGGACCACCUCAACUGGCACGGCAAGCCGCUGGGCGCCGUCGCCGAGAAGACGCUGGAGCACCUCAAGAGCCUCAUCUCCAACAAGGGCAAGACGAUGCUGGUGCCGCAGAAGCCGCUCAAGGAGGACGCGCCCGACGUGGACAUCGUCAACGUCAAGCUGAACGAGCCGCCCAGCUACAAGCUCGGUGAGAAGGUGGCUACCCGGGUGGCGUACGGCACCGCCCUGAUGAAGCUGUGCCAGAACAACCCGCGCGUCAUCGGCCUCGACGGCGACACCAAGAACUCCACGCACUCUGAGAAGAUCAAGAAGGCCCGGCCGGAGAACUACAUCGAGUGCUACAUCGCGGAGCAGAACCUGGUGAGCGUGGCGAUCGGCGCCGGCUGCCGCGGCCGCACCAUCCCCUUCGUCUCGACGUUCGCCGCCUUCUUCACGCGCGCGUUCGACCAGCUGCGUAUGGGCGCCAUCUCGCAGACCAACAUCACGUGCGCGGGCAGCCACUGCGGCGUGAGCAUCGGCGAGGACGGACCGAGCCAGAUGGCGCUCGAGGAUCUGGCGAUGUUCCGCGCCAUUCCCGGCUCGACGGUGUUCUACCCGAGCGACGCCGUCAGCUGUGAGCGCGCCUGUGAGCUGGCCGCCACGCGCCCGGGCAUCUGCUUCAUCCGCACGUCGCGGCCGGCCACGCCCGUGCUCUACGAGAACGGGCAGAGCAUGCAGAUCGGGCAGGCCAUGGUGGUGAAGCAGACCAACAACGACCAGGUGCUGGUGAUCGGCGCUGGCAUCACGCUGCAUAACGCGCUGACGGCCGCCGAGCACCUGGCCGGCAUGGGCGUGCACGUGCGCGUGCUGGACCCGUUCACCGUCAAGCCGCUGGACGUGGCGGCUGUGCGCGACAACGCCAAGCAGUGCGGCGGCCGUGUGCUGACCGUCGAGGACCACUACCCGGCCGGUGGUCUGGGCGAGGCGGUGUGUUCGGCGCUCUCCCUGGAGCGGGACGUCAUUGUCAAGAAACUGUGCGUGGAGAAGGUGCCGCGCUCCGGGCCGCCCGACGCCCUCAUGGACAUGUUCGGCAUCUCCUCGUCCUGCAUCGUCAAGGGUGUCCAGGACCUGAUCAAGCUGUAGGCGCUGGCCGAUUCCGCCGCGCCGCCGCCUGGUGGAGGCCUGUCUAGCCGCUGUUUCUGCGUCUGCACGAUAGGCGGCGCGGCCUGCGCACGCCGUCAACUGCCUAGCCCAGCGGUCCGUCUGUCCGCGUUGUACCCGGCAUUCAUUCCUCAAACAUUUAUGGAGCAAAACGCUGGAGCCGGCCGAACAUUCCUGUUGGUCCUAUUGUGAUAUGUACGCAUAUUCCGCUUGCAUCGUUGGCAUAGUUGUUUUGUUUCGUAGUUUUAUUUCUGAAUACUUUUCGAGAAAGAGCUUAGAUCGUGACAUGAGGUAAUGGCCGUUCCAGGUGCUUUGUCCAUGAUUGCCAGGUGUUCAUUUUCGGCGUCCUGAAUACACGACUUGAUACGACUCGCCAAA